UCUCCUGGAGCGGCAGGAGGACGAAUAGAGGAGUGGAGAGUCUGCAUUGGAGACAGUUUAGGACACCGUCAUGUAUGUGGGACAUACUGCUGUACUUGUAGAAAGAAAAAUGCUACAAAAUCCUUGAAAUCAGAGGAUCUUUAAAAGGAGCCGGAAUUCCAGAGGUGCUGGUGUACUUCGGGCUCCGGUUGAUCUCGGCGGAUCCAGUGCUCUUGUUUCUAGAGCUGAAACAGAGCCUGACACCCACCCCCACCACCCACCACCCUUCCCACAGGACGGUGCAGGUCCCGACCUGGCUCAUGUGCCCUGCCUCCAUUUGAGGAGCCUGGACCUUUGUUGUUUUCUGUUAACGUUGUUAAGUAAGUGAUGUUCAAAGGCAACACAGGACGAUCUUCCUAACCCUAAUGUGAUUAUUGGAUCUCAGAGCCACAUAGAGGGAAGCAGCGGUGCUCAGAGGGAAGCAGAGGCGAGAUGAUACGACGGGGAGCUCAGCAGUACGUGGUGGCCAGGCCACUGUACUCGGAGGAGUCCUUCGCAGAGCACCACGAGAUGGUCUACAGGCACCGCAAGACCAUGAUGGACCACUUCAAGCAGUACUUCACAUGUGACGCCAAACGAGCCAAGAACGCGGCUCUGUCUCUCCUGCCGGUCAUUGGCUGGAUAAAGAUCUACCGGAUCAAAGAGUGGCUGCUCAGUGACAUCGUGUCCGGCGUCAGCACCGGACUGGUGGCUGUCCUGCAAGGUCUGGCCUACUGUCUGCUGGCCUCUCUGCCUCCCUGGUACGGACUCUUCUCCGCCUUCUUCCCUGUCAUCGUUUACUUUUUCCUGGGCACCUCCCGACACAUCUCAGUGGGUCCGUUCCCAGUCUUGUGUCUGAUGAUCGGCUCGGUGGUCACCAGGAUGGUCCCGGAUGAGGGUCCGCCCCUCAACAUCACAGGCUUUGAAGGCCUCACCAGAGAUGAACAGAGAGUCUUGGUGGCUUCUUCUGUGAGCUUCCUCGCCGGUAUCAUGCAGCUGGGGAUGGGCGUUCUGCAGGUGGGCUUCGUUGUCAUGUACCUGUCCGACACUCUGGUGUCCGGCUUCACCACGGCAGCUGCGGUCCACAUACUGGUGUCCCAGCUCAAGUUUGUGUUAGGGCUGACCGUCCCAGGCAUCAGUGGUCCACUCUCGCUUGUAUAUACCCUGGAGAUCAUCUUCAAUACGAUCACCUCCACCAACAUGUGCGACGUGGUGAUCUCCCUGGUGAUCAUGGUGGUGGUGUUCGUCGUGAAGGAGCUGAACGACCGAUUCAAAUCCAAGCUGCCGGUGCCCAUCCCCAUAGAGGUUAUCAUGACUGUCAUUGCAUGUGGAGUUUCAUACGCGUUUGACUUCAAGACAAGAUACGGCAUUGAUGUUGUCGGCCAUAUUCCAAAAGGGUACGAGCCUCCAAUGGCACCAAACCUGCACAUCUUCCAGGAGACAGCAGUGGAGGCGUUUCCCAUGGCCAUAGUGGGUUUCGCUGUUGCCUUCUCCGUGGCAAAAGUCUAUUCUGUGAAACACGAUUACACCAUAGACGGAAACCAGGAGCUGAUAGCUUUUGGAGCCAGCAACAUCUUUGGAGCUUCCUUCAAGUCUUUUGCUGCGAGUACAGCCCUCUCCAGGAGCGCAGUGCAGGAGAGCACAGGUGGUAAGACUCAGGUGGCUGGUUUACUGUCAGCUCUCAUAGUGAUGAUCGUCACACUGGCCAUUGGAUUCCUAUUGGAGCCGCUCCCAAAGUCUGUGCUGGGUGCUGUGGUCAUCGUCAACCUGAAGGGCAUGUUGAUGCAGGUCAGAGACAUCCCGUACCUGUGGAGGAGGGACAAGCCAGACUGUGUGGUGUGGCUGGCUACCUGUAUUGCAGCCAUUUUGCUGGGGCUGGACCUGGGAUUGGCUGCAGGCCUCGGUGUGGAGCUGAUCAGUGUGGUCCUCAGGGCUCAGUUCCCUCGCUGCAGUGUGCUGGCCAACAUCAAAGGAACUGAUAUCUACAAAGACAGAAAAGAUUAUGUUGAUAUAUAUGAGCCUGAGGGAGUGAAGAUCUUCAGGAUACCAUCACCAAUCUUCUUUGCCAACAUUGAGUUCUUCAGGAGCAAGGUGGUGGAAGCUGUUGGAUUUAACCCGCUCAGAGUGUUGAGAAAGAGGAACAAAGCACUGAGGAUGAUCCGGAGACUUCUAAAUAAGGGAGACCUUCAGUGGACAUCAAAAGGCUUCCUGAACACCUCAGGUCAACCCAUCAAGGAGUCAGAGGAUAAGAGCGACAUGGAGGAGCUGGACCUGCCCACUGACUUCAAGGACCUUCCGGCCCGGAUCGACUGGAGCGCCGAGCUUCCCUCCAACAUCGUUGUUCCCAGAGUGGACGUCCACAGCCUGGUCCUGGACUUUGCCGCCGUCUCCUUUCUGGACAUCUCCGCUCUGAAGGGACUGAAAACGAUGCUGAAAGAGCUGAUCCGGGUCGAAGUUGAGGUUUACAUUGUGGCUUGUGAACCUUACAUCCUGGAGAAACUGCAUGACUGUUGCUUCUUUGACGACGAAGUUCAGUCGUCAAUGUUCUACCUGACUCUGCACGACGCCAUGCUGCACAUCCUGGAGAAACAUCCAGGGUCCACAGAGAAGAAAUCGGACUUUAACAGGAUUAUAACAACGGUCACAGUUCAUCACCCUGGAGGCAGCUUGAGGAGCAGAGACAGAAAUGCUGCAGAUCCAGAAACCAGGUUCUAACUUCUGAAUGAGAAGACGAGGAUUUCUGAAAAGAAAACACCAAAACCAAAGACCAAAAGAACCCCACAGACAAAAAGAGUAAUUGUUUUACAGAUUAUGCUGUAGGCUGCAAUACACUGAUGUAGCGAAUAACGCGAUACUGUUUUUAUACAUUUGCUGAUCUAAGUUUACAUAUACAGUAUCUACCAGUGGUGGGCCGUCAGGGCCUUCAA